AUGGGCGGUAUAGCCAUUUGGUGCAUGCACUUUAUUGGCAAUAUCGCACUCACGCUUGCUGAGGGCGAGGCAGAGAUGCAGAUUGUAUACUCGAGUGGCAUGACAGUACUCUCCUUCUGCAUGCCUGUUCUUGUCCUCCUCGGCGCAUUCUACGCCAUAGGCAUCUCGAAUCGAAUCGCCUGGUGGAGAGUGAUAACGGCGGGUAUUCUUUGCGGCUGUGCCAUCUGCGGUAUGCACUACUUAGCCAACGCUUCAAUCAAGAACUAUCAGUGUAUCUACGAACCGGCAUAUAUCGUAGGUGCUGCCAUCAUUGCCGUCGCUGCGAGUACUGUUGCGCUGGCCAUGUUCUUUAUCUUCCAGUCGCUUUCGGCGAGUAGUUGGUGGAAGCGAACUAUUUCUGCUAUCAUCCUUGCUGGAGCGGUAUCGAGUAUGCACUGGUGCGCCUCUGUCGGUACUCAGUACAGGCUGCUUCACUUGAGGAAACUGGAGCGAGGAGACCGCACUGCGACCGCGGUUGCAGUUAUUUGCUUAUCUUUCAGUGCCUGCAUCAUCAUUGCUGGAUCGGCUAUUCUACGAGCCCGCACUCUAAGAGGCGCAGCCCUUCGGGCUCAACAGAUUGAGCUAGCGGCUAUUGUUUUUAACAAAGACGGAUGUCUUCUCGUCGACAGCAACGGAGUCUUCCCAAACACCGUUGUUACAGAUUUCUUCAUUGGAGAGAACACCGACGACAAAUUCAACACUGCCCAUCCGCAGUUCCACUGGAUGUUUCAGGCUUCGCGGAACUGGACUGGAAUCUCGGGAUUAAUAAACGGCAUGAAGCAACAUCUCCGACAGCUACCGCACAAAAGCCAACAUAAAGAUCCGACAAAGGGAAUUCAACUAAUCGACGACGAUGGAGAGCUCAUCAAUGGAUAUUCAGUCAUCUUCCGCGAAUUAUUCUGCGUCGCCGCCUCCAAACUCAGCGAUCAACUCGACGAAUCCAUCACCACGAUGGGUAUUCUAUGGGACGAAAUCAUACCCAAACGAUCGGUUGCAAACCCUGCAUACCUCCAAGCACUAGAGAAGCAUCGCGACAAUCACAGUUCCGAUACGAGCGAGAUACUACGCAAGGGAUCUACGACGACGGGAGAGAGCCACCUCGAGAAGGGUGUUGGGAUUGAGCUUGAGAACGAAAUCGACGGUCGCGGAGCGCUCAUGUUUUUGGUCCGUCGUCUCACAUCAGAUGAUGAGGUGAAGAGACUUGAAACAGCUGGAUACCGCUUCGUCGACCCUGUUCAAGUAUGCAACGAUGCGAGGAACUAUUUGCAGAUGCAGAUCCAGUCCAGCGAGUUCGAACACAAGCUACGCGACAUGGAGGCUUUUAUAUCCCAGCAAAAUCGUAUCAAGCCCGGAGUUCACCUUGGUCUAUUCGCCAUUCAGGAUCGGGGGCUUAAUAAUCAUCACGUCCUCGUGCAAAAGCAUGCUCGAGAUUUACUCCCCUUGACACCUCUGCCACUAAGCACCAUCGAUGAGGCGCAAGUGCGAAUGGUACAAGGGCUUAGUGGGUUUCAGGUUCCCGAAGUCAUCCAAAGGCUAAGAACCUCGGGAGCGUCUUCAAGACUUCCCGACGAGGAAUUGUUUGCACACUAUCUGUCCAAUGCCAUUCUCUCAUUACAUGAAUUGGCACAGGAACCUUUAUUUCACGAUGCUGUACUCAGUCCUACGAUAUUACGGCUGCCCUAUGGAAUCGACGGGGGCGACGCAGAGGAGACGGUCAUCAUGGCAUUGAGACUCAAGAUAUCCCACCCCGUCAUAUCAUCCGGUCCCAACUGCCAAUGGGUCCCUCUCAAUUUCUUUGGCAUGCGACAAGUCUUGGAGCAGUCACGACAAGAGUUUGUACGUGUUCUACACCAGGACUUUGAUCCAUCAACAAUGCCCGCAAGUCGGGCUAACAACGAGCUCACUUCUGGACCUCUGUCGACCCUCCGCCGACUAAAACGUUCCGAAGGAUCGAUCAACUCAAAAGCCAAAAAGCCCCGCGUUCCGAUAAUGAGACUAAGAGCCUCAUCAAAAGACUCUACACGCUCAUCAUCAACGAUAAACCUAUGUCCCGCUGAAAGCAGCGAAGCCCACAACGAGCGCCUCCCAUCGACAGACACAGUGGACGUCUACCCCCCAGAGCGUCAUUACACCUCCCAUCAACAAUCAUUCUUAAACGGCGGUAUCGUUGUAUUCCAAGAGGUCACCGUUCAAGUCGAACAGAAGAAGUCCGAGUCGAAGGAUAACUUGGAACUAUCGUGGAGUCACGACACGGUGACUGAGCCGCCGAAGGUACAUCAGCGACAUAACAAGAAGAAUGAAGUGCCAGUAAUACAAAGCAUUGAACUACAGCCGUCAGGGAGGGGAACAACAGAGGUUUCAGUCGAGUCUCGGUGGCUGCAUAGUUUUGGGGCUGUUUUCACUGUGGUCCCCGUGGAUUCGAUGCCAUUCCUUGCCAACUUACCAGAAGCGCGGGCCCCCUCUAAGAAGGAGGGGCGAAGACUACAUGAGGAGGAACUCAGCCUAUUCAGAGAGCUUCAGUCUGAUGUGCGGCGCGCAUUGGAGAAGGGCUAUGACACUCAGUCUUUCACACGAACGUUCCUGGAGAACAGGGACAGCUAUCAGCUUUCGGAUGAUGAGGGGGCCUACGUGAUCGGCACCUUGUUUGAGGCUGGAAGCGGAACCACGGCGGUGGCCAUGAUGUCGUACUGUCUCACCAUGUGCCAUUUUCCCGAGUGGCAAAAGAAGAUGCAGGAUGAGCUCGAUGAGCAGGUGGGUGACCGCAUGCCCGAGUUCGAGGACAUACCGAACCUCCCGACGGCGCGUGCAGUUGUUAAGGAGGUGCUGCGGUGGCGCCCUGUCACAGCAGGUGGGUUUCCUCACCAGCUGACCAAGGACGACGAGUACGAGGGGUUUAUCUUUAAGAAGGGGACUAUAUUCCAUCCUAACCAAUGGUGA